ACCUUCAUUCUCAUUCUUUCCCAGCUCUUGGUGGUGAUAGCAGAUUUUAGAAAAUUAUUUUGACGCCGUUAUGGCUGGUCGAUGUCUUCAAGUCUCUGACCUAUUCUGCCUUCCAACAUUUCUGCAGGCAGUGCUUCAACUUCUGCUCAACAUGUUGUCUGUGUCUGAGUUCUUCUACGGCAAUGUCGAGCCUCUGUGCGUGGUCGGCACGGCAGCAUCUCCUGCAACAUGGCUGAACAUGCCCAUGUCUAGCCAAGGUCAGCAGAAUCCAGUAUUGGGCUUUUCGAACCAUGACAUGACACGAGACCACCAGAAUUUCUCCCUGUCCCGGCGCAACUCGCAGUCCCAGCAGAAGGUGAGUCAGUUUCGGGGCAAUGUGGGAUUGGGUGAUCAGACUCCUCAACAAGGAUAUCGAGCCAGCAGCCAGCAGUAUGGAACCUCGGACCCUGGUCAGCUGGACAACCAAAGACGUGGACCAUUAUAUAAUCGUGGUGUUGAUGGAGUUGAUGGAGUUGAUGGAGGUGAGGAGCAGCAAUCCCGUUUUUCUGGUGGCAGGCAGAAGGAAGAUGUGGGUGGAUAUCAUCAGCCGAUGCAGCUUGGACGUCCACCAGUGCAGAAUGGCGGCUCUGAUGACCACGGCCAAAAUUCGAAUAUGCGGAAUUCGAGAACUCAAGAGACUAGCCUCUCGAAUGGCCACCAGCAGUCCUCCGAUCGCCAGAUGCAGUAUCUGGGCUCAGAUGAGAAUAAAAGUCCCGAGAGCUGGGCAAAGCAGAAGCCGAGAUCUCUGAACAUUUACAACAAGGAGAACAAAAACUUGAGGAAAAGUGAGGAUCAGGGUCAAGGAUCUUACAAACAGCCGCAGAAUCAGCGCACUUGGCCUCGAGGCUCCUCGUCUGCAGAUGAUGGUGGUUCGAUGAAUCGCCAAGAAAACUACGUUCGAGGAGACGAACAAGGUUAUGAUCAGGUUGACAGCCAGAAAAUUUCUCAUAAGAAGCAGCAGGCCAACCUGAAUGGAAGUCAGACAGCUUCAGCGAUUCAGAACUCCAAUGUUCACCCCCGUGAUUCACCUUCAUCGCAGCAAGUCUAUCAUCAAAAUGCUGAGCAAAAGUCUUCUCCAUGGCUUGUGAAUCAGAGUCACGACCAUUUGCAGGAGGUCUCGAACUACAAUCCAGGUGGAUCUGAGCAUAACCGUGAGAGGGGGCGAUCUUCAUCGCAGGCAGCUCAUCAGAAAGGCAAUCUCGAUGGAGGUCCCAAUGUUUACCGAGAGGUGGACGGCUUUCAAGGGUCAAGCGACACUUCUCGCCGUGAAGGCAUGAAAUAUGAUGUUCCACAGAACCAGUCUGAUCAGAGCACCAACGGAACAAAGAAGAGUUCUUAUGACCUUACUUCGAACGAAGAGCAUCACGACCAGAAGAAAAACUGGCCUCGGCACAUUCCAAAUGGAUCCGAGCACGAUUUCCGACACCCGCAGUCUCACGAGUUUAAGCGAGAGGGAUAUUCCAACAAGCUGCAGUAUGUACGCUUGUGGGUAGACAUGUGCUGUGAAUCCUGCGAGGACAGAGUUUCUGGUACUUUGUCAAAAUUAGAAGGGGUGAAAUAUGUUGAUGCCAACUAUCAGAGCAAGAGAGUGUUGGUGCAUGCCACUACUGCGCCUGCAGACGUUCUGAAGGCAUGCCGAAAUCUGCACAAAAAAGCAUGUCUCUGGUCGGAGGACUUCCAUGGACGGAUCUAAUCUUUCUUUGAGCUUCUGGACCCAAAGAAGAAAAAUCACAUACAUAAUACACACGCGUAAAUAAAAUGCUAAUGUGGGGGCCUGAUUGAAUUCUGGUUGUAAGACUAAUCUCGGUUCUGCGGUCCGCUGUGAAAGACCGGAGUGACUCUUAAGGCAGGUAUGACUGGCGGCGUGAUAUGGUUUAUUGAUGUUAGAUAAAAGAUAGAGGAUUUUCGUUGCUGGAGUGUGUACUUUUCACUGUAACGUGUUUAUACCAAAUAAAGUUCUCACUGUUCACGCUC